AUGCCGCCGUCGAAUCGGCGCACAAGACCUGCGCGCAAGGCCGCCGAAGUGGCCGCAGCAGCCACGGCCACCGCAGCCGACGUGUCUGACGCCGAUACUCCCGAAUCCAUUGCUACACCCUCGCGCACUUCUCGCAAGAGAGCGCGCGCCAACGACGCCCCUACUUCCAAUGGCCGCGCAGCCACGCGCAGGAAGGUCGAUGUCAUCUCCAAGCUCAAGGUCUCGGACAAGCAAGUAAAUGCGACACACGACUUCUCCAACGAUCUGCUCGAGGGCAGAGAGCACGUGCCUGGCUAUGGCAAGAUCGCUGGUCGCAACUGGACAUACAUUAUCCAAGGCGUCGAAAUCAACAUCGGUCGUCCCGAGUCACAUGAGAAGGCCGAAUCUCUCAACUCUCCUAUUAUUCAGUCAAACGACCCUUCGGCCAAGUCGAGAAUCUCCAUCGAUCUCGGCCCCGACAGACAGGUAUCGCGUCUGCAUGCCGUCAUCUCGUACGACAGCGAGCAGGAGAAGUGGUUCAUCACUGUCAAUGGCCGCAACGGCCUAAGAGUCGACACGCAGCUUCUCAAGCGUGGCAACCGUGCGGCCUUGCGCUCUGGAUGUGUUAUCGACAUUAGUGGCACCCAGAUGGCUUUCAUCACCACUGCUCGCCAUGAGGACGACGGUCCCGUCUUCGCCGACGCCAUUGUCCGCCAGACCUACACGUCCGAAGAGGAAGACCACGAAGCCGAUGCCCGUAAUGGCAACGGGCCUCCACCAAACCCGUCAUCUCACAUGCCCGGCCCCUCUUCGUCAGUGCGCCGCCCUGCCCAUCCUUCGUCUAGCUUCCCCGACGGCAGUACCGGUCACCGUGUACACCCCCAUUCAUACGCAGGUCUGCAGUCGCAAUCGUUCCCUAUACCUGGUACACCCAUUCGUAACCACGGCAUGAACAUUCCUACCUCACAGCGCACCCGUCCGUCUCCUCUCUCGACUGGAGGCUACUCUCGCGGUGUCAUGCUCGAGUCGACCGAGUCUAUUGACUACUCUGCAGACAGCGCCAAAGAUCUCAAACCUCCCCACUCGUAUGCUCAAUUAAUCGGUAUGGCUAUCUUGUCUACCGGCGAGCAGCAGAUGACGCUCAACAACAUCUACAAAUGGAUCAUGGCAAACUAUGCCUUCUACCGCUAUAGCACCAGUGGCUGGCAAAACUCGAUCCGCCACAAUCUCAGUCUCAACAAGGCCUUUGAGAAGAUUGCCCGUCGCACCGACGAGCCUGGUAAGGGUAUGAAGUGGAUGAUCUCGCCCAAGGAACGCGACACUUUCCUCAGCCAGGGUAUGAAGGGCUGCCGCAGACCCAAUCCUCUGCCUUCUGGCAUGAUCGAUCCUUCGAGUCCUGCUCAGCUACACCCUCCCUCUUCCGCCCAUCAAAAGCUCAAUGGUGCUGUCCACGCUGUCCCUAGUAAGACCGAGAAGAGCGACAGUCCUCCUAUGCACACCUAUCCAUCUUCGUACCCAACCGCAACUGAGGCCUACACCCCUGACCGAGGCUCCCGUCGCCCUGUCAAGUUUGACGAAAACGAUCCAGAGCUUGUCUACCCUCCAUCGGCCAAGAGCACUCUGAACCACCUUACUGCUGUCGCCAACGCUGCCGGAUCUCCGCCUUCGCUUUACAUCAACGAUGACGGUCGCAUCGGUCCUCUUGACACACCCUUCCCCGUGCGCAGUAGCCAGAAGCUGCGUCCUUCGGCUUUUAUGGAGUUCUCAUCACCGGCUCCGUUCUGGAAGUUCGGCUCGACUCCCCUACGCCCGCUCGCAGACAUCAGUCCCUUGAAGGCGACGCCAUUCUCAUCUUUCAAGCCAUUGGGAAUGGGAGCCAACGUCAAGAUUCUUGACGAGGACGACAAGAGCGCUGUUGACAAGAAGAACAUUCUGGACGAGAAGGACGACGACAUGCCUGCUAUUCAGUCCAGCUCGCCUCCUCGUCCAUCAGGAGUCCCCGACCGUAUCGACGGUAGCCCUACUCGCAGCAUCCCUAGGCCAGCCACAAGCCACAGUCGCUCGGCCAAGCUCGAAUUUGAUUCAGACGAGCACAUCGCCGCUAGCAUGCCUCCCGAGAGCAACGAAAGGACUUCUUUCGAGCGUGAGACUUCUCAGAGAAGAGAACAAAGCAUCAUGACGAACCCUUCGUUCAAUGCUCCUCAGUUGCAGCCGCCUCAGCAGCAACAACCUGAACCUGAGCAGCAACAGGUCACUCAGCCAGGUCAGCAGGAGCAGAUGCAGGCGCAGACACAACAACAGCGUGAGCAAUCAAGCAUGCCUGCACCUAACUCUAUGCGUCCUCCCAUGCAGACUCUGGGCAAUGGCAACAACCAGCAGCAAGCAGCUGCUGCCCCCAACACUAGCAACAUUCUCAACAGUCAUGCUUAUGCAACGAACAACCUGAGUGGCAUGCAACAGAACAUGGGAUCUCUCCGCUAUGGUGCAGAUACCGAUGAUGAGGCCGGCAUUGAUCUUGCCAAGUAA